AUGUCUCCAGUAGCAAACCUUGCAGCCUGGCUGCCAGGGAUUGGAAGAGAGAUAGAAGUAGCACCGGCUGACAUGCACGAACCAGGUGAGAACGAGCUUCUUAUUGAGACAAAGGCGAUCGCGGUUCAGCCCGCGGAGUUCAAGAUCCAGGAUGGAGUUUUACGUUUCCCACUGAAAUAUCCGGCUAUACCUGGGGUGACCUUUGCCGGCAUUGUCAACAAAGUAGGUCUCGGAGUGACAAGAUUCAAGGUAGGCGACCGGAUUGUGACAACUGGUGCGAGUACUGUGCGGAACGAUCCGCGAUUCGGAGCCUAUCAAAGGUACGCCUUGACUACACAGGAUCUAACAGCGAAGAUCGGAGACGUCUCGUUUGAAAAGGCAGCUGGAAUAUCGAACCUGUAUGGUUCAGUGAGCGCACUUGUAUUCCACCUGGGCCUCGAUCGCCCGUCCGCGGACCCAAAUCCAAAUAAUAAAUAUAAAAAGGUCCUAAUUUGGGGAGCAUCGUCAACAUUCGGUGCUUAUGCGGUGCAGCUGGCUGCUUGGGCCGGCUAUACAGUUAUAGGCGUUGCAUCCCCUCACAAUGCAAAUUUGGUUGAGGGGCUAGGUGCUACCUAUUUUAUUAAUCGAAACUCACCGUCUGUGGUUCAAGAUCUUAUCUCCCUUGGCCCAUUUGAUGCAGUCCUUGCAGCGCAAGAUUCUGCCCCUGAUCAAGUGAUAAUUGGUCGUGUGCUAGCCGGCCUUGGAGGUGGUCGCUUCUUAACGACAAUGGGGGUUAGAGAAGGGGUUAAGCUACCCCCUGGAGUUAGUGGAUUCUUCGCUCAAUUUAUUGACGACUACUUGAAUCCCGAUAACCAAGAGUUUACCAAGUGGGUCUGGUGGGAUCUUAUAGAAAAUGGUUUGGUUAAUGGCAAGAUUAGCCUUUUUCCAGUGCAGACUCUAGGUGGCCUGUCAAAGGUGCAAAUGGCAUGGGAUCUCCUGAGAGAUGGCAAGGUAAGCGGCCAGAAGUUAAUAAUAAAUCCAAAUAUGGACUAA